AAAAUAUAUUUACCUGGACCUUGUCGAUAGACAGACACGGGCCGUGCCAUGGUGUGGUCAGUCAGGACGCAACCUGGCGGUACAUCCGUGCGGCUGUCUCAAGGCAUCUUCACGAUUGGCCGUGCAGCAUGUUGCGAUAUGGUCCUCUCUGAUCCAGCAGUGAGUAGUAGCCAUUGCACUUUGCUUUGUGAUGGGGACGGAGGGCUCACCGUGGAGGAUCGCAGCACGAACGGCACCUACGUGAACAGAAUGCGCUUGCCGAAGGGCCAACGGAGGUCGCUUGCUUCCGGCGACACCAUACUGCUGUCUCAAGGCGCGGUGAAGCUAAGCUUCGAAUAUGAAGCGGAUGAGACCGAAGAGGUUCCAGUUCGCAAGAAGCUGCGGAAGUUAAGCGUUUUUGAGGGCCAAAAGCUCUCAACCAAGGAGGCAGUGUGCCCGUCAAAAAACAUGUCCAAGAGCGAGUCGCCCCCCGGCACCGCUCCGCACGACGAGGGAGGCGAGUUGGGCAUCCUCCAGGUCUCAGUGCGUCUCCGGAGUGCGUCGGAGUCGGUCCCGUCGACGUUGAGAGAUUCCAAUCCUGCCCAAUCUGCAGAGAGUUCUGGAAGGCUUUCACCUCAAACACCUUUGGAUUUGGAUAUAGAGGCCAUCGUUCCUGGCUCGUCAUUUCGUGCUGAGAAAGCAGAGAGCGGACCUGUGCCUAAAGGACGAAAGCGCAAACUCGAGCGGGCAAAAACCUUCGUGGGACAUUUGAGUGCCCCUGCACUGCUGCAAUGGUUGACCAAGAGGCGUUGCAAUCGUCAGGAGGAAAGUACAACAACUGAGCCAGUUUUCUCAAGAUCUGGAGAAGAGCGACGUAGAGCUGAACGCUAUUUACAGGAGCAAGUGCAUUUUUUUCAUGAAGAGAAAGAUGGUGAGGAAAAAGCUGGUGAGAUCAUUCUACUUUCUCCUCCCGAGAUGAUUGGUUCAUUGAGGUCUUCUUCUUUCUGCAAGGGUCAAAAGGGAUUCAACUCCGAUGGCUUUACAACUGUGCUUCCGUCAACUCGAUUGCAGACUGAUCCUUUCGUGGCAGCUCGAGCCACCGAUCAGUGGGACUCGAUUCACAAAAGUGUCAUCUCUGAAGCGGCCAAGGCCUUUACUAGAUCCAAACUGCCCAAGGCUGCCUUUACCCCCUGGAAAAGUCAAGAGAGUUUUCAAGAAGCUUCAGACUUGGAAUGCGCACUGCAGAUCUUACAGGAUCGCUCCGACUUGGAGCCGGGCCGCCGUGUGCUCAUGCGCCGUGCAGGUGCCCAGCCCAAGGCCGGGCUUUUCGUCGAUCCGCCGCAGCACUCGGCCGAGGCGUCGGCGGCCGCGCAAGCGGCGCAGAGUGGGGUCCUCGCAGCGUUGGCCACGAAGAACGACUUUCAGGCAGCGACCUUCUUGUCCGAACACUGGGCCGAGUCCCUCCGGCACGUGCGGCCGGGUGUUUUGGGGACUUGGCAAACUUGGGCUUGGAACGAGCCUCGUGGUCGACGUCAACAGGGCUUUCGAGAUGUUUUGCACUGCUGUUGGGCCUCUCGCGAGUUUUGCCUGGGCAUCUCGGGUCACUUUGUGGGUCGCAGGAUGCGAGCUGGCCAGACUCAAAGGGCUUUCGGGCUGUCCGGUGGACAAGAACAUGGCAUGUGUAGCUGCGGUGAAUGGCUGACCCGUUCAAAAGUUAAGGCCCAUGCGUGUGACAAGUAUGUGGGCAAGCCACAUGAUACGUCGAAUCGUUUGAAGGUAUUUUGGCAGACGAGAGGCCUGCUAGCUUUUCGUGUUCUCUUCAAGCACCAGCUAAACCCGCCUGCUGUCGACCUUACGUUGGAAGCUGCACUGGAAUCAGCUCUAACAUCCCUCAUGUGGUCAGACUACUGGGGGGCUGCUCAUGUGACCUGCAGCUGGCGGCUUUGUGUCCAGCCAAACUCGAAGCAGUCUCCAGCCUGGGCCAUCAACCAGACACGUUGCGAGGCUGUACCUGCGCAACCGUCAGCCGGAGCUCCAUUAACUUCACAACAGCUGAUUCUUCUCGGCUGGAUGCGCUUGCAGGAAGCGAGAAGCUCCUACACUUCAAGGCAAAUCAUCCGUGAGGACCUCUGCGAGACGGAUGUGUGCUUGGAGCUGCUGGUCGAACGUGACUUCAACGAGAAAGGUGGUCUUAUUUUUCGCUCUUCAGGGUGCAACUAUAUCCAGCGCCUUGCGCCUUUGCUCACCUCGCUGGACGAUUGCGUUGCGCCUUUGCGGCAGCGUCAUCGAGGUCGCUGUCUUCUGGAUGCACCUGGAACCUUGGUGCUGGUCCAAGCGCAUAUGCUACCUUCUUGGAAAGCCCGGCAGCUCGGUCACCCGGACUUCACCUCACGAGCUCGUGGUAUAUGUCCUUUUGGGGUUUCUCCUUUGGGUGUCCUCAGGAGCUUGAAGGUGGCGGACCUUGUGGCCGCAGAGGUGAUCUUGGCCUCGCUGCAACUCUUCGGCUCCGAAGGAUAUCAACGGCAUUUUGACUCUCUUUCCAAGCCUGGCUUGGAAGUCUGGGAAGCAAACCUGCCGGAGCCACCGGUGGCCGACGACGGAGGGGAGGGAGGAGAGGAGACCUUGGCGUGCGGAGACCUGGUCGAACUGCACAGCCUCGUAGCGUCUGAGAUGAAUGGCCGAAAGGGGCGGCUCUUAGAGUGGCAAGAGGCCUCAGGCCGUUGGUCCUGCCUGCUGCUGGGGCAGCCUCAGGGUUCACGCAAGCGUUCACGGAAGGGUGAGAGACAGGAAAAGGGGAGCUUGGUGAAUGUGAAACCUUGCAAUCUCAAACGUAUUGGUAGAGUUAGGGCGGCCAAUAAGAAGCAACGACGCGGAAUUCCUGAACCUCAAACAAGGGUCUCCAAAUACUACGCAGAGUUGCGGGCUCGCGAGGAUUACAUGGCCAGACGCCAGGUGGACCUGGAGCGUCAGACUCUAAGGCUCAUGCGCCAGGCGGCGAAAAGCAGUGAACCUUGGCCGAUGGCCUUGGCCAACAGCGGAGCUGUGCUGGAAAUGUUCCACUUCAACCGCUUGGUACUGGAUGAUUGCCAGCUCUUGGCCAGGGAUCUGGAGCAGAUCAUCUCGGGCGGAGCGCCGAACAGCCUGGCGCUCUACUUGACCAAGGUGGCACCACUCUAUGCCGUUCAUGCGAUCCGGGCGCAGUCUCGGUGGGGCCUGGCAGACUUGGAGUGCUUGAAAGCGCGUCAAGUGGACAUGGCUCCGAUGGCAUCGUUACUUGGAAUUCAGAUUCCUUGGGGAGAUGCCGUGGAGGCCCAGCGCUUCUUGGAUGCUUGGGCGACCGACCUCGAUGGGGAGGAUGGUCUUGGCACCUCCCGCUCCCCCGAGGCGCUGGGCGCUUGGCCGAGUGGUGUGGAGGAGGAAGUGCACCUGCUGGAUUUCUCCCUCAAAGAACAUGUGGCGUACCUCUUCCGAUCCCUUGAGCGCUCUGACGAGUUGAAGACGCCUAGACAGCGCUCAGAGCAUGUACGCUCCCUGCUGCAGAUGUGUUGUGAGCCUGUCAAUUUGGAAGAGCUCGUCAAGGAGACGUGGUCUCAGCAGCGCUUAAAGAGCGCAGAUGCCACUCUGGCAGAGGAGGAGUAUAAAGACUUUGAGCUGAGGCUUCAGGUCUUUCAGAGCUUAGCCGCUGCGACGACGAGCUGUGGCUAUGAAAGGGAGGUCCUAUUGGCCGCGGCCCAUAGCGGCACAGAGCAGCUACAGUCCUUUUCUUCGAAUCUCCAAGGCUUGGAGGCGUUGGAACUCCAAUUGCGCCACUUAGCACAGGCCACCUUGGAGCCCGGUGCACCCAGUGCUCCUACCCUUGGCCGACCAUCCACGCAUCGUGUGGGCGCGUGCCAGGCCUGCGAUCGGCUUACCCGCCCCAGGGAGGUCUUGCAGAGUUUGCGCUCCGCACAGCAGCGUGCUGAGAAGGCGCAGCAGAGAGCUUCGAGACGCUGGCGGCUGCUGCAAGUGCUAUUGGAGGCUGCUGGGCUUCCUUUGCCCGAAGGCUGUUCCCCACACCUUCUGUGCCACUGUGGCGCCCAGGCCACACGACUCUGUGGUCUUUGUGGCCGCGUGGCUUGUGGACAUGAGACCUGUGAGUGUGGCGAGGCUGUGAAAGCUGUGAGCUUGGAGAAGCUCACCAAAUCCAAGGAGCCUGAGCGUCUUCACGGCUCCAAACUUGAGGGCAUGGUGCAGCAAAUUCGGGAGGUCUUGUCCAGCAAUCCCAAAGUUCAAUGCCUAGUCUUCUCCCAAUGGUCUUCGACCCUUCGCAAGUUUGAAGAUGCCUUGAGCACUCAUGGCCUGGAGUACUUCAUCUCUGGGCGCAAGGCGACUGUCUCAGCCGAGACCAAGAAACCCAUCCUGCUGCUGACGCCGGACUUUCUCUAUGGAGAGAAGCAGAAAGACAGGAAAGAGAAGCAGAAGAAUCAUGCCCCUCUUCACCAAGCUUUAGAUGGACACUGCACCACUCGCCAUGUCUUCUUCACCAAUGCCUUUUACAUGACUCCUGUGAAAGGGACCCUGCUUGAGCGGAAGAUUGUUGACUUUGCCAAAGCUAACCAGCUGGGAAUCGCCUCAAAAGUGGUCCUCCACCGCUUUGUCAUGGGCGGAACGAUUGAAGCCAAUGCAGAUGCGCUCCAGCAGAAUUGACCGGCCAGCCACGCUCUGUUUGCCUUGUUCGUCUGACCAGCACCUCAAGGGAAGACUGAGGCUGCGAGAGAGGCAAGCUGGAUUACAGGCCUUAGAGGUCCAGAAAUCCACUUUGCAAUACUUUGCAAAGGAUAACAAGAGUGUGCAGCAGUGCAAUUUCUUCAAAUUCAUGCAUGUAGAAUCCAUCGAACUAUAUGACGGGUGUGCGGUCUCUAAUUGCUGGAUCUCCUCAUGUUCCAUGAAAUGGAUCUGAACCUGUAAAGUCUGCGGCCACGGCCCCCAAUCCAAGGUUUGUCAGAUUGCGCCAAGACUC